ACGAACGAACGGGCGAUGAAGAGAUGAGCGAAAAUUUCGCAUUUUGUUGUCGUAUUUUUUGGUGUUGUUGUUGUUGUUGUUUGUGUUGUUGAACGUGCUCGACGUGUAGUGUCAGAUCAGCGUCAUUGUUUCUAUAAUUCAUUAGUAUAGUGCUCGAGUAACUGUAAAAAAGUGAAAUAAUAAAUAGCUGAUAGUAAUGUGUGUCGCGAGUGCAUCUUCGAAUACGUUGAUGUUGUGAUAAAAUCGUUAUCAUCCCGAAUGAAUGGUCUUUCGGUGAACGUUGAAUACCUAUCGAAUGAAUUUCGUUCGAACAGAUGUUUAUUGAUUGAUUCCAUAUUCUUCGUAUUACGUUAGGCCUUCUAUGCUAUGAUAACUCGUAUAGACAAUGGCAGAAGUUAUGAAUGAAUUAAGUGGCAGCAAUGGCGAAGUGGAUGAUGAACAUGACUCGAUAAAGUUGAACGGCGACGUUUGCGACGACGCUUCCAGUAUUGCUGCGAAUUCACCUUCGGACCAAAUCCUCGAUGACGAAUCGAUGCCUUCGAAAGACGAUAAAUGUAUCUCGUCCAGCUAUAAAUCCAAAAUAGACGGUAUAAACAACACAGACGGCGUCAAAGUACACCACGAGCAACAAAAUAACGGCAACGCUGCCGUAGCUAACGGUCGCCUGCAACUAGACGCUUCGUCGUACGCCGAAGAAGACGAAGAAGUAGAAGAAGAAGAAGAAGAAGAAGACGACGAAGACGACGACGAUAACGACAGCGAAAGCAUUCAAAAUGACAAAUUCGACAAAUCACGACCACCUGUAUCUGCGAACACGACGAUCGCGAGCUCGGUUUCGAAAAAGCCCAUACCCGAUCUAACAUCCAUAAACUCUGUGACCAAGAAUAAUAAUUCUGACAGCAUCAACAACGACUGCGAUCCGUUGUCUAUGUCCGUUGAUGGAGAUUCGAAUUGUGAUAGUGAUAGUGAUAAGGCUGAAUCGAGGCUACAAUCGAACUCGAAAGGUAGCAGCGAAGUGGCGAGUUUAACCAUCGACGAUGUUAGCACGUCCGGUGCUAGUGUCGCUACUAAAGACGAUAGCAUCGUUGUGAAUAAUCGUCUGUCGAGUCUAACCAUUACAGCGGUCACCGAGAACGGCGCUAAAGUCGACGACGACGUUGUAGCGACUGAUUUGAGUAGUAAACGAUUGAACUCUACCGGCGGCGAUGAAGACGACGAGGCGAACGAAGACGACGAAGUGAUCUCUAUUUCAAGUACGCCCGAUAAAAGCGGCAAAAAAUCGUCGUCGAAGAAACCUUCCAUGUCUAUAGUGAAUAUUACUCCUCGUAGAAGUAGUCGAAAUCUAAAUAAGCAAAGAAGCUACGCCGAAAAAGACGGCGGCGAAUACGAAAACAACAGCAGUAGCGACGGAAUUAGCGUGAUUUCGGCGUCCGGCGGCAGAAAACGCGCGACUGGAUCCAGCGGUACUGGAGAAGACGACGAGAUCGAAGAAAUAACUCCGACCGAUCCGUUGGCCGACGAACAACCUCAUCGAUUAUCGGCUGUCGCGUCAGCUGGUGUUGGCAAAGUACGCGGAGGUAACAAAACGAUCGUCGUCAGCGAUACCAAAGGUUUGGUGGAAUUCGCCUCUAAUACCAAAGCUUCUCGUUCGAAUAAGAAAGAGCCAACUUUAGUGAUAAUAGAUACCAACUCGAUAUUAUCGGGCCGAGGACCGAUACCAGUAUCGCAGCAAGGUGGUUCGAAUUCUCUACUACAUUCGUCCGCUUCGUCCGCUCCGAUUCCGGUCUCUUUGCCGAUAAACGCCGGUGCUUUUGCGAACGCUACUCGAGGUAAUAAUGCUUCGUCUAAUGCCGCAUUCUCCGUUAUACCGAUCGGGUUGCCGGCUCAAGGCAUGUAUUCGCAGUUCAAGAAUCCGCCCCCUCAGAUUAAACCGAUCGUCGUCGGACCAGCUACGACAUCGGUCACACCGGUACCGAUGGUUCAAUCUACGACCCCUAACGCGUUAUCGGCGACGACCAUUUCAAACGUUCAGGCGAGUCAGCCGGCCAAUAAACAACCUCCGGUUAUAUUACCUUCGUUGACUGAUGAUAUGUUCGUCGUCGAAGCUCCUUCGUUCAUCGUACCCUACGUUUAUGAGAAACCACCGAUGAAAUCACUCAAAGAACACAUCGAAAAGAUCGAAAACGAUAUCAAGCUGAUGAUAGCCGAAGAAGAAGCUCGACGAGAGCAACAAGAACGCGAAGAAGCUAAAGACAGCGUCAACGAGAAACCGGCACCGAGCGAAAGCGAAGAAAAAACCGCCCCUGGUGACGAUUCGGCCGCACCAUCCGAUAACAAAGCUGCUACCGAAGACGCUACUCCGAAAGAAUCGUCGACCUUAGCGGACGAUUCUAAACGAGCGGAAGAAAAAGACGCCGAAAACCAAGUCACCGCCAAAGAAGCGGAAAAAUCCACCACCAGCGAAGAGAAGAAAGAUGCUGAUUCGACCGUCGAACCAAUGGAGGUAGACGAAGAGCAACCAGCGACCGCUUCUAAACCUCCGGUAACCGUGCCUACCGCCGUCGAACCGGAUACCAGCGUUAAGAAGAUGGAAAUCGACCAGUCGCCGGCCAACGCUAUCAAAGAAAUCGAGAAAAAGAUCACAGCUGGCCCGACCACCGGGACCGACGAUCCGAAAAAACCGGCGUCCUAUUUCGAUAAUCCGUUGGGCAAGUUCUUCAUGCAAAUUGGCCUGAAUCUGGUCCAAGAACACGUUCAAACCGAUCUUCUCCGGUCGCAGAAACGUAAACGUGAUAAAGAGGGUGGCAAAUGCUCGGCGGAUGUUCAAUCGACCAUCGACGAACUGACCAAGACGCUGGAAUCGAGCAAAGAAAACAACGACCCGUUCAAGUUAGAGCUUAAAAAAUGCGAAUUGUGUAGUUUCAAGACGGAAUCGCUGCUGGUGAUGGCGCAUCACUUGGAAACGCCGCAUAUGAAGAAUUACACGUACAGGUGUAAUUUCUGUACUCUAGAGGUACGAAGCCCCCAUGACAUAUUGUUCCAUAUGGAAGCCGAACAUAAUAUCAGAGGUCGACUCGAACGAGCUCCGGCUUUCCACCAGUGCCCUAAUUGCCCGUUCGAAGAUAACCAGAAAGGUAAACUGACGCGGCAUCUGAUAUCUUGUUCGAAGAAAUACCGUCCAGAAAGAAACCAGGAACCACCGCUAGAUUGGGAACCUCCGGCGAAGAUACCGCGAGUGACGAGAAACCGACCACCUUCCAUGAGUCCUGGCAAUGCUGUCUACCAAGCGGCCAUGUCCGGUUUGAAACAAGCGCCGCAGAAUACUCUGUUACCCAAGUUAUUGCCGAAUACGACCAAUAUGAAACAUAACAUGAUGAACGCCGCUAACAAGAGGCCGAAUUUGGUCAAUCAGUUCGUCAACAGGUUCCCGAACGCCGCUAAUGCCCAGUCUAACUUUCAACAAAGACCUAUUCCUAUGCAGACUCCUAAUCAAGGUAUGAUGUUCAGACCAGGAGGAGCGAAUACGCAGACGCCCGUUUUAUUACCUCAAGGUUACCAUCUAUCCGGUGCUCAAAUCUAUCAGACUCAGAAUAAUAAAUCGCAAUCGUCGCAGCCCGGUUUGGCGGCAGCUAAAUUACUAAAUCAGCCCAGUAUCUCUAUUACUCCUUUGCCGAGACAGACGUCCGGCUCGAAUAACACGUCGUCCAACAACUCGAAAUCCGGCGUUGGUAAAGCUAUGAACGCCGUCAUGGCAGCCAGUAAUAAAGCCGGUGGCGGUAAUUUCGUCGUAUGCGAAAUCUGCGACGGUUAUAUUAAGGACUUGGAACAAUUACGAAAUCACAUGCAGUGGAUACACAAGGUGAAAAUCCACCCGAAAAUGAUCUACAACCGACCGCCGUUGAAUUGUCAAAAAUGCCAAGAGAGAUUCUUCACCGAUCAAGGCUUAGAACGUCAUCUACUCGGCGCUCAUGGUUUGGUCACGUCUAGCAUGCAGGAGGCGGCCAACAAAGGCAAAGAUGGCGGCCGGUGUCCGGUUUGCGGUCGCGUGUAUCAAUGGAAGCUUCUGAAUCAUGUCGCUCGUGAUCACCAAAUGGCUCUGAAACCGGCCCAUUUGUCGUACAAGUGUACCGUGUGCACUGCUACAUUCGGAAUGUACAAGCAGUUCGAAAGUCACGUGUAUUCGGCGCACAGCGUGGUCGCUAAGCGAGCCAUGGAUUCGUCGAAGAAACCUCCGCCGGCGCCUAGUUCGUCUCAAAACGAUACGUUACUAAAACCGUUGAAAAUAAACGACGAGAUUACUAUAAUACCGCAACCGGUUCGAUCGACGAGACCUAGUAAUAAUAAUAAUAGAGAAUCUAACGCAGCUACCAUAACCAAAACUGUAUCCAACAGUAAAAAAAUGGAUUGUGAAGACAACGGUAGUAAUAAUAGUAAAAAACCCGACGACAACGACGACGGUGACGAGCAAAUAUGCAAAUGCGCCUGUUUGAUGGGAAACUUCGCCAACUACGAAGCAUUCCGAACGCACUUGAUUGGAAAACACCUGAAAAGCUUCAAGAUAAUACUAUCGCGUUUAGAUUUAAAAUCAUUUAACCGUUUACCGAAUAAAGAGAACGCUUUUAAAUUGACCAAGUUCGAUCGUAAUUUGAUCUCGGACCAGGUACGAAAACAAUACAAUUUAGACGAAUUCUUCAUCGAAAUCAAACGACACCGUUUAAGCGACGAUUUCAAGUACAAAGUCGUCGAGACGAAACGCCCCGAACCGGUUGACACCUUCACAGCCGCUACUUCCAGUCAACCCGAUACCGAGAACUUUGUUCCGCCCGAAGUGGUCUUCUCGGCAGCCGAAGACUCGGAUGAAGGCGCCAAAGCUAUGAAGAAGCCACGCUUAUUCAAACUGAACACCGUGUACCAGAAACGUAGAAUAGAGAGCGAGCUUUUCGCUAGAAAAAAAGCUCAGGCUGGUAAAGUCGCUACGGCGGCGGCGUCUCGGAAGAUCGCGCCCAAACCCGGUCCAGGUCCAGCUAUCGUAGUCAACGGUGGUGGUAAACAGAAGAAGCUGAUAUCGAGAGGUCGUCGUAACGCGGCUAGACAAAAUGCUCGUAAAAACGCCACCGAUAGCAACGAGAUGGACGCGUCUUCUUCGGACGAUGACGUGGUGAACGUGAUCGAUGAUGAUCGAAGACCAUCGACGACUGCUUAUUCCUCGAGAAGCGUUCCGGGUUCGUCGUCGAAUUCGUUCAACGAUCACUUCAUGUCCGGAUUAUCCGGAUUUCAGACGAUGAUAUCGCAACAACGUACGGUCACAACGAGUACGAGCCGAGGAACGGGCCAUAUUUCGGCGACCAGAACGCAGACUCCUCGAUAUCGACUUCCAUCUCCAUCUCAAGCCGGUGCACCGUUCACCGUGUUCAAUCAUCAAACCGUGACUACGAUGAGCAGUACCUCGAUUGGUGCUCGAGCACCGAGACCAGUCGGCCUGUCUACAGCUGCCAACCGAUCCGGAGCUCCUAAAGUGGUGCAGAUUUUUAGCCAACGCUCCGUCAAAGUUACAAAAAGCGUUACCACUUACUCCGGUCCCGGCGCGGCGGCGGCUCGUGCGAGGGCAGUUGCUGCUGCUAAACCGAAAACCACCGCUCCUGCUCCUGUUCCUAGUAAACCGCAGGCUGUCAUUAGUCUGUUGAGUGAUAGCGACAGUGACCAUAGUGCUGUUGAAAUCGUCGACUCUGAUCCAGGUGCGGUGGCUGCUGCUUCUCCUCGUAAAUCCGGCGACGACGAAGACGACAACGAUAACGAAGAAGUGUUUAUUCUUCCAUCGUGAAAUGAUGUUUCGCCCGUGUUUAUACCGCGUGUACUGCCAAUAAUUCCACGUUAAUUUGAAGUAUAGUAAACGACGCUUAAUGGUCUCAAUUUAAUCUACAAAUUAUAGAUUUUUUAACUUGUAUUUUGCUUAGUUUUUUUUUGUUUUUUUUUACCUGUCAUGAUUUUUUUUUCUGUAUAGUUAACGUGUGUUUUAAACAGUGUGGCGAUUUUGGGAAUUUUUGUACGAACGAGGAUGAAAUUUUCAUUUGAUCGGGGUUGCCUUCAUUUCGAGUCUGAAGUUUUCAAUUGACCAACGCGAGCGCUAGUGUUGCAUUUUAUUGGAUUCGAGUUGACAAUUUUGUUAUUUGGAAGAAAAAAAUCGAAGGAGAUUGUAGUCGUUUGUAAAAAAUAGUUAUUUUAAUCGUAAAGUGAGAUGGUUUUUGGGUUUUGGUUUAUUCUGAUGGUAUCUUUUUAAUUGUUUUGUACAGAAAUUUUUUCAAAAUGAACUGUGAGCCUUUGAAUUUAAUUUUUUCCGAUGCAAACUCGAGUCUUUGAAUCCUUGAAGCAAAAUGAUUUCGAUAUAGCGAGCUAACUAUCUUCCAAAACCCUUCAAAGUGAUUGUAAGGUGUCAUCUGUGGCUUUUUCCAUUCUCAUUGAUUGAAAAUUUGAAGAGCUCUCCUCCUCCCCUCUUCUGUAUAGUGUUCGAUUGAAAUUCGUAAAAGAUGAUUUCUCUAUUCGAGAAUUCCUAAGGGGAGGGGGAGGGAGAAAUUGCGAAAAAUUUCCAAAUAUCAAGAUCACUUCGACUCGAAAAACAAAAUUCAGCCUCUUAAUGGAGAUUUGGGGUUCCGAAUUUCAAGUAUUUGAAAGUGCUGAUUUGGAUUCUGGCAUCAGUUGGACUAUAAAAUCAAAAUUGGUUUUCUCCGAGGAGUACUUAGAUCUAAAAUUUCCAAAAAUGUCGUCAGUUUGGGUUUUUGGUAAGAUUUUGAACCCCCCCCCCCCUCGAACACAGCCAUAGAAGCUCGAUUUUAAUUUUAGUGUCGAUUGAGUUGCAUAGUCGGAUUCCAUUUCAAAAUUUUGAGCCUCGAGUUCCUUUUCUCCUUCCCCUUUGAGAUUCUGGCAGCUCGGUUCUGAUUUUGGGGUCAAACUGAUUCCAGACUCAGAACUAGCGUUUCUGAAAAAAGUAAAAACUAGUAAUUUGAUUCUUACGUUGAAUUUUUCAAAAUUUUGGGCCUCAAGCCCUUAAUUGAAGUGCCCAAUUUUGGUUUUGGGGUCGAAGGAACAGCUUCAAGUCGUCUUCAUCUUCAAAACAUGUAUUUUGGUUUCAAAAUUUUGGGCUUCGAGGUCCCCUCCCCCUGCCCCUCAGCUCGGUUUUGGUUUUUGCUUCAAGCUGAUUCCAGUUUCUGGAAGUGAAAUUGAGCCCCAAGCCUCUCUUCAGGGUGUCCAAUUUCGGUUUUGGGGUCUAGUGGGUCACAUGAUCAGAUUCUUCUAGAAAACGGUCUCCAUUUUUUCAGCACCCCCCCUCCCCCGAACUCGCCUCGUUUGUUCAAAUGAUAAUAUUUAGAAAAAAAGAAAUUUCGUUAUCCUUUUUAUACAUACAAAAGAUCUAGCACAUUCUGCGUUGUAUCAGCCCUUAUGAUUUUUGUUUCCAAGUUCAAAAUUAUCGAUUCUGUGAGAUGAAAAUUUCAAAAUUUAAACGCCGAAGUACGUUUUCUUCCUUUUUUUUUCUCUCUGUUGCUUCCUUUUCAAUCACUCUCGUUCGACUAAAAAAUUCUUCAGAUGGGAAAUACGUACAUUUAAAAGAUCUCGUCUCUGUUCGCUUUUCCUCUUCGGUUUGAUGUACCUGCGUCAGUCAUUGCUCUUAAAACACGCUCGUUUGUUUUCCUCGAAGUUUUUGUUUUGCUGUUUCGUUGUGUUUUAUUUUUUGUUUCGAUGCUCAAAUGAUACGAUCGUAGCGAAGUCUUCUCAGUUCUUUCACGAAUUGACCAAUUCUGUUUGUUUCGGAUCAGGGAGAUUAAAAUACGCGUAUCAAGAUCGAGUACUUUUUCUCCUUACUUUUCUAAUUGAUUUUUUUUUUAUUGCAAUGCUUUUUUGAACUGAUGAGUGUUUCUUUUUUUUUUUUGUUUAAUUUUCUUAAGUAGUAUUAUUUAUUUAUUUAUUUAGGCGUUUUAUUCGCUGUUUUUUUACGUUUUUUUUUCGCCACGUUUUAAAUAAUUUCACGAUAAUAGGUUGCAUUCUAAUUAGGUAAAUUAUGCGUUAUUAUCGGAACGUGAAUCUUGCCAGACUAAAAAUUAUUAUCAUUGUUUACAUUUUUUCUAUUUUCAUGGGCUAGAUGAUCUUUUCUCUUGGAAAGAGUAUACUUUUUAAUUUUGAUUUUGUGAUAAUCGUGAGAUAUUACGAGAAAUUAACUACCAACUUGAGUAUUUUAAACAAAAAAAUGCCUAAUUUAAUUAUGUGUAUUUUUUUUCUCUUUUUUUUUAAUAGUUUAUGUUUAGAAAUUUGCGUUUGCGAUUGUGUAGUCAGUGAUACGAGUCAUUGUUUAAUGAAAUGUUUAUUUUGACUAUUGAAAUUAUUAUUGUAAACAAUUCUCUUUUUUUUUCUCUUCUCUUCGACUUACAUUGUAAUAUAUUCUAAUUAUUUGUACUUAUGAGAAUUUAUUAAUUUUAUACUACGAAGUAUUUUUUUUUGCAAAAUAAUAUUUAACCAUUAUUCCAAGCAUAUCUUUACGGAUUUUUUUUUUUUUUUGUAAACAUUUAUACUGUGUAACUUUUUCCUUUAUUUUUUCAUUAGCGUUUGACCAAGACGCGAAUUGUUGUCUUCAUCGUGUAUUAAAGGUUUUCUCCCCUUCCCUUAUAGUAUACAUAUUUUUUAAUGUUAGAGAGACAUGAAGAAAUCAUUUCUAUGUUGUAAAUUCGUCUAUGUAUAUAUGAUUAUUUAAUUUUGUACUAAAAUUUUGAAAAUAUUGAACCACGUAUGUGUAUAUAAUAUUAUAGUUACGAUUAGGUAUACAUUUAUAAGUAAAGCAUCGCGAUGAUAUUUACCAAAAAAUAUGCAGAUCGAAGAAUUCAAAUAAACUACUCAUAACUGCGAUAUUAAUUAUGUUGUAAUAAAUGUAAAUGAUUUUAUGUUUUGAAAACAUUUUACAUAUAAAAACGUUGAUUAUUAUAGUUUUCAAGUUUUUG